AAAUCUAAAACCUCCGCUGGUUCACUCUGUUGCUGUUCUAAAACCCUACUUUGCAACGAACGAAUUUCAGCCAUUUUUGACGUGGCGUUUAAGCCCCUUCAUCACAUGGUGAAUCAGCGGCUCUCCCAUGGCUAUCUCCUGCUUAGGAUUCGCAUACAGACCCCAUUUCUCUCUGUGUCUCCCUCUCCUUUACUGCGUCCCCCUAAGCGUUUCCAAGCUUCGACUGCGUUCGGUGGCGGCAGUUGAGGCGUUUGAGGAGCCAGAGUGUCUUACUCCAAUCAAAGACACUGGUGGAAUCAAUUCGGUUCAUGGAAUAGGCAAAAUAGGUGGAGACUGCAAAAGUUUGAAUUCUGAAGAGCUCGGAAUUAGAACUUCGAUGAUUCCAAAGUCUACGAGAAAGGUUCUGAAUGGGCUCAAGAGGAAGGGAUACGAGGCUUACCUGGUAGGAGGCUGUGUACGGGAUUUUAUCUUGAAGCGAACACCAAAGGAUUUUGAUAUAAUAACUUCAGCUGAACUUAAACAGGUUAUUAGAGCAUUUUCAUGUUGUGAAAUUGUUGGCAAAAGGUUUCCCAUAUGCCAUGUGCACAUUGACGAUACCAUUGUGGAGGUUUCAAGUUUUAGCACCUGUGGACGAAAGUUUGAAAAGGAUUUGAGUGAUGAUUUUAAUAGACCUGCUGGUUGUGACGAGAAGGAUUAUAUUCGUUGGAAGAAUUGUUUGCAGCGGGACUUUACAAUUAACGGGUUGAUUUUUGAUCCAUAUUCGAGAAUAGUUUAUGACUACACAGGAGGAAUAGAAGAUAUUAAAAAAGCUAAAGUUCGAACUGUGAUUCCUGCAAGUUCUUCAUUUCAAGAGGAUUGUGCUCGCAUUCUGCGUGCAAUAAGAAUUGCUGCUCGUUUAGGAUUUCGUUUUUCAAGGGAGACAGCUCAUUUUGUUAAACAUUUAUCUUGCUCAAUAUUAAGACUUGAUAAGGCUAGGCUUCUGAUGGAAAUGAACUACAUGCUAGCCUAUGGAUCUGCUGAAGCUUCUUUGAGACUAUUAUGGAAAUUCGGGCUCUUAGAAAUACUUCUACCCAUUCAGGCAGCUUAUUUGGUUCACCAUGGUUUCCAGAGACGUGACAAGAGAUCUAACAUGCUUUUGUCUCUGUUUUCUAAUAUGGAUAAACUCCUGGCACCUGAUCGGCCAUGCCACAGUAGCUUAUGGGUUGGGAUCUUAGUAUUCCAUAUGGCACUGUCUGAACAGCCUAUGGAUCCUGUGGUGGUUGCUGCAUUUGGCCUUGCGGUCCACAAUGGUGGAGAUAUAUUGGAAGCAGUAAAGAUAGCUAUGAAAAUCACGACACCACAUGAUGUUAGCUUUCAUGAAUUAUCUGAACAACAGAAUCUUGACUCCCAGGCAUUAACAGAUGCAGUGAUGGAUCUCACAGCAUCUGUUAAACGUGCACUCUGUAACAUGACUGAUGAGCAAUUUGUAUCUCAGGCAAUGGAGGGUUACCCUCAAGCACCUUAUUCAGAUCUGGUAUUGAUCCCAUUGGGAUUAUAUUUGAAGGUAUGCAGGAUUUUUGAGUGUGUGAAUGAGGGUGGUGAGAAGGGAUUUGUGGCAAAGCAAGGCAGCAAGAUUGACUGAGUUCUUGGCUCUGGGGGACUUCAAGAGGUAAGGCACGUUUUUGCAAGAAUUGUAUUUGAUACGGUUUACCCUAUUAGACUGAAUUGACAGUAUGGUCAUAUAUAAAUAAUGAAAUAAAAGCUUUUCAAUCA